CAAAGUUUACUAUUACCACCACCAGCACCACCACCGCCACUACUACCAUGUCGGAUCCUCAGUACUUUCUAGCCGAAGCCGAAAAGCUUCUCAAACCACAACUGGGUUUAUUACUGUUCUUCUCUGGCGGAUCUUCUACCCGUCAAGAAGACGCUUGUGACUUUAUUAUUCAAGCUGCUAAUCUGUAUAGAUUAAAGAAGCAAUUUGAAUUGGCUGGUCAUCAAUUUAUCAGAGCCGCCGAUAUUCAAUCGAAAUUAAAUAAUCAUAAUGAUCUGGCUAAUCAUUUAGUAGAAGCCUAUAAAUGUUAUAAGGGAGUAUCACCAAGUGAUGCGAUUGAUGCUUUAACUAGAGCCAUUCAUAUCUUUUUAACUCAAAAUGGUCAAUUUCGACGUGCAGCUAAUUUUACGGUUGAUUUAGCAGAAUUAUAUGAAUCUGUGGGUGAUAAUGCUAAUGCAAUUAUAAGUUAUGAACAAGCAGGUGAUUAUUUUACUACUGAUCAUGCUGAAGCUUUAGCUAAUAAAGCAUUUCUUAAAUGUGCUGAUUUAUCAGCUUUAAAUGGUGAUUAUAGUAAAGCUAUAGAAUUAUAUGAUAUCAUAAUUAAACAACUGAUUGGUAAUAGUUUAACUCGUUGGAGUUUAAAGGAUUACUUUUUUAAGAAUAUCUUGUGUGUAUUAAGUUCUGGAGAUCCUAUUGAAGCUAAGAAAAGAAUUGAAACUUUUGCUUCUGAUGAUCCAUCUUUUCAACAAACAAGAGAAUUUACAUUAAUUCAAGAUAUUCUUGAAUGUAUUGAUCAGGGAAAUGUAGAUGAAUUUUCUGAAAAAGUCUUUCAAUAUGAUCAAUUCUCUAAACUUGAUAAGUUAAAGACUCAAUUAUUAUUGAAAAUCAAAACUUCUGUAGUUGACAGAGAUGAUGAAGAUUUAUUGUGAUGGAUUAUGGGAUAGAGUUUUCAGUUUCAGUUUCAGUUUUAGUUUAUUUGUUUAUUUGUUUGUUUACACAUGAUAGUUAUAUAUUAAUAU